UUACCGGCCAUGUUAAAACGAUAAAACGUCAUUCUCAAGAAAGUACAUAACCAGAAAGUUUUAGCCGGUUAUUUAGUGCUUUCUAAAUCGUUUAGUGGUGAAAACACCUCUCAAAAGUGAUUAUUUAAGAUAGAUUGAAAAUGUCGGUGAGAGAUUUUUACUCGAAAAAGAAUGUUUUCAUCACCGGAGGGACAGGAUUUUUGGGAAUUUGCCUAAUUGAGAAGCUUUUAAGAACCAUCCCUGAUAUUGGAGAUAUCUAUUUAUUACUCCGCCCGAAAAAAGGGAAAGAAAUCUCCGAACGGUUAGAAGAAAUCUCGAAAAAUAAGAUUUUCGAAAAACUCCUCGAAUCUCAAGAUGCCACGAUUUUUUCGAAAUUAAAAGCGAUUUCUGGAGAUGUGGGUCAAAUCGAUUUAGGGAUUUCGGAGUCCGAUCGAGAAAUCCUUACAGAAAAAGUUAAUGUUAUCUUUCAUUCGGCGGCUACGUUGGAUUUUGCAGAAACUUUGAAAGCAACCAUCGAUAUUAAUUUGUUGGGGACGAGGAGGGUGUUGGAAUUAGCUAAAAAAUGUCGAAAUUUAAGCGUUUAUAUCCAUGUAAGUAGUGCGUACGUUAAUUCUUGGAAAUUAAGCGCCGAUGAAGUUCUUUAUCCCUUGGAGCAAAGCGCCGAGAAGUUUAUUGAGUUAGCUGAGACGGUUUCGGCGGAAAAAUUGGAGGAAAUGACCCCGGAGUUAUUAGGAAAUCACCCUAAUACUUAUACGAUUACUAAACAUAUGGCUGAGUUUGAAGUUAAGAAGAUGGAGGAGGUUUUUCCUUGUACGAUAGUUAGGCCAAGUAUGAUUGUUGGUGCAUGGAAAGAACCAAUACCCGGUUGGACCAUAAGCAAAAAUGGACCACAAGGUUUUAUAAUGGGUGCUUCAAAAGGCGUGGUGCGGCGCCUCCCUGUUGGGAAAGACCUAAUUUAUGACUACAUCCCAGUGGAUGUUGUAGUCAAUGAAUUAAUCGUCGCGGGGUAUUUCGCAGGAGAAAAUAAAUCAAAAAGCGUCGAAAUUUAUCAUUGCACAUCGAGCACUCGACAACCAUUCCGUUGGGCUACCGUUGAAGACCGCGUCAAUGGAUUACUCCAUAAAUAUCCGUUAAAAUCGGCCGUUUGGUACCCGCAUUUAAAAUUUUUACCGAAUCUAACCUGGUUUAAAAUCUCCGCAAUUUUCGUCCAUUUCUUACCGGCUAUUAUCUUGGAUACUGUUACAAAAAUCUUUGGGGGCAGACCAAUUUUAAUGAGAUUACACAGAAACGUAAACGCUUCAUUAAACCGUUUGGAAAAAUUCAUUUUCACCGAGUGGGCGUUUAAAGCCGAUCGAACUUCAACGCUCCAUCAAUGGUUGAACCCCGCCGAUCAAAGAGAUUUUGGUUUGGACUUGAAAGAAUUGUAUUGGCCCGAUUAUUUCAACGAUUUAACUAAAGGUGCGAGGAUUUAUUUGAGUAAGGAGCCGAUGAGGAAUUUAGCCGCUGCUAAAGGAAAAGAUACUUUGUUAAUGGUGUUGCAUUUAACUCUCCAAGCUGGGAUUUUAUCAAUUAUUUGGUACAUUUUCGCUUGUCUUGUUGGUACAACUAUGACUAAAAGUGCAUUUAUCGUCCCAAUUUUUUAUAUUCUUUCUAACUUUUUGUAAAGAUGUUUCUUAGUAUUGUGUUGGGGCAAAUAGAUCUGUAUUAUUAUUAUUAAUGAUUAAUAAUGUUAGUAUUUUUUAUUUUGGUUUAAAUGAUGUUGUUGGAAGUAUUAUACUUGGGUGAUCUGUAUUUUUUGAUAUUUUAUAAUCAUUUAAAUAAAUAUAAUCAAUUUAA